AUGCGCGGCACAAUUUCUCCCGGACAGAAGUGGGAUGUGAUGGUGUAUCUAUUUUUCUACAGGGAAUCUGAGGAAGCUAAAGAGGCAGAAGAGGAGGAGGUUGUUGUGGCCCCUGAUUAUGGACUCCCUCCAGCAGAUUUUGGAAUGUGUGGGUUAGCAGCUGAUCAAUUGCCUGCGCAAAUAGGCGAUCAAUGGCCUGCGCAAAUAGGCGAUCAAUGGUCUGCUGAUAUGGUUCAGGCACCCAUUUCUGUUACAGUUGGUGGUGCUGAAGGGUGGGAUGUUGUAGCCGCUCCAGCACAAAUCCCAGGUGUUCCCGUCGAUGUCACGGCCCUGCUCCCACAAGUUGGGUGUGAGAGGGAUUCAUUUUAA